UCCUUCUUGUUAAAAUUUUCCUUUCCUAGACUUUCUGUCGAAGACUGACGUUGAAGACAUGGAAUAACCCUUAAGUUUUAAAGACAAUCACUCUGUUUCGUAAGAAGAAGUGAAAAAGAGAGUUCAUAUACGUGAGCAUAUUAGGUCUGUUCUUAAGAAGCUCACCUUCAAAUAAGGACUUCUGAUCUACUUAUCAUUCUAAAGGGUGAUGAAAAUUUAAAAAAGGGACGACUUAAGGAAAUUUCAGAAGGAUGAGUGAAGAUGCACAAUGUGGCGUUUGCGGAUUUUUUCCCAAAUGGCUACAGAAACGCGCAACACCAAAAGUUUUUGUUUUCGUCUAUGGUCUCCUUGGAACAAUUCAAAGUAUGGCCCAUGUCUACAUCAAUAUCACAUUAACCACAAUCGAGAAAAGGUUUAAAAUACCAAGUCAAACAACAGGAAUAAUUCUAUCAGGGAGUGAUAUAGCACACGUUUUAUCAUUACUGUUAACAUAUUACGGAGGUUCUGGUAAUCGCCCAAAAUGGAUUGCUAUUGGAGUUGCAUUGAGUGCCACAUCUUGUAUAGUUCUGGCUAUUCCACAUUUUAUUUAUGGUUCUGGAAAGGAUGCUUUAUCCUUAACACAAGAAUACCUUGAUCAUAAUUUGUUCAAUGCAACGACAACACAAGAUAUUCCAACUUGUUCUGGAAAUAAAUUUAAUCCUAUUUGUGAUGUCGAAUCUUUGGAGGAUACAAGUAUGAUUCCAAGACUUCUUGUUUUUUUCUCCCAAGUCUUUUUAGGAUUUGGUUCCACUCUCUAUUAUGGCCUUGGUCAGGCUUAUAUGGAUGACAAUACCAAGAAGAAAAACACCCCUUUGUUACUUGGACUUUUAUUUGCUCUUAGAACUGGAGGAACAAUCGGAGGAUUUAUUUUAGGAUUUGGUUGUUUAAGUUUGUAUAUCGAUCCAACUUUACACCCUGUAAUUAAAAAGGAUGACCCACGCUGGCUAGGAGCCUGGUGGCUCGGUUGGACCAUUCUUGGUACAACAAUGGGAACUUUAGCAUUUUUUAUUGCCAUGUUUCCACGUCAUUUGCCCAAACCAAUCAAAUCUAAUCGAAAGGAAGUCGAGGAACCACUCAAAAAUGACUCAUUCCUUGAAAAAAAUCCAACCAGUGAAGAGAUAAAACAAAGCAUAACGGCCAAAGAAAUUGAGUACAAGCCAACUAUUAGAGACUUUUUUAAAACUAUGAAACGACUGCUGACUAAUCCAAUUUUGGCUUUUAAUAAUUUAUGUGGUAUUGUUUUUAUUCUUGGUGGAGUGGGCCAUUGGAGAUUUAUGUCUAAGUACGUGGAAGUGGUAUUUGGAGUAUCAGCAUCUGGAAAUUCUAUGAUAUCAGGACCUAUAAGUAUAACAGGGAUGGUAAUUGGCUUUUUAGUAUCCGGAGGAGUAAUCAAUAAAUACAAGCCUGGUGCAGGAAUAUUACUUGUUUGGAAUAUUAUUAUUGGCGUGGCUCAUUUGUCCGGUGAUUUGGCCUUUAUAUUUCUAGGUUGUGAUGGGACUCAAAUUGAAGGAAUUAAUUAUAAUUCGAUGAAGGUAGAUAUGAUGUUCCCAUGCAAUGCAGACUGUAAUUGUGAAGGUGUUAAAUAUUUUCCUGUUUGUCACGAACCAACAAUGACAACAUUUUUUUCUGCUUGUCAUGCUGGAUGCAGCACCAUCCUUCCAAACGGGGGAUUUGGAAACUGCAGUUGCAUCACUGAACAAUUAAGUAUGACAAAUUUUAACCAAUCAGGAUUCAGUACAUCUGCACUAAUUGAAAAAGACAACUAUUUCACGACAAACAUUUUUAAUGAAGUUAAGACUGGAGCAUGCAAGUUUGAUUGUUUAGCACCCUAUUUGACAUUUACAAUCAUCAGGUGCCUGACAGGACUGCUCUUCUGUUCCGGAAGAAUUGGAAAUAUUUUAAUUAAUUUUAGAUGUGUGGCAGGCAGAGAUAAGGCACUAGCUCAGAGUGUAACUAUGAUGGUGAUGUCAGUUUUUGCACUUAUCCCAGGUCCCAUUAUCUAUGGGGCCUUGAUAGAUGCAACUUGCCUGGUCUGGAAUAAUGCUUGUGGUACCAGGGGAAAUUGUUGGAUUCAUCAACCAGAUAUGUUUCGGUACUAUUUUAACAUCACAGCAACCAUCUUUACCACCCUGGGAGUCUUAUUUGAUUUCGGAUUAUGGCACGUAGGUAAAAAUGUGAAGCUGUAUGGAGAAGAAAUAAAAGACGUGCAUCAUGAUUUUGCAAAGUCUACACUGUUAAAGGAAACUACGAAAUCAGAAGUUAAAAAAUGUGAUAACUCGGUACAGAAAAAUACUGAAGCAUGUGAAUAAAAUACGAACCUGUUCAUGACCUGCUAAAAUAAAAAUAAAUGUUAACUUGUUAUCAAUUAAUUAAUUUAUUGUACAGUUCAGAAUAC